UGGCACCACGAACGACCGGCGACAGCGCCAUGGACAGCACAGGGGAUCGGCUUCCUCUUCUUGCAGGAAAGCAGUGUGAUGAGCCAAGUCGUUCGUGGCAACGUUUGGCCUUGAUAGGGAUGGCUGGUGUCGUGGUGGGUGGCCUUGCAGCCGUAGCUGUUUUGUCAUCGACGAUGCGAUCGACCGACGUUGCUGGCGCGGCGACGUCCACGCCUGCGCGUCCGGUCGUCACGAGCAACCCAAUCAUUGGUAUCCACGCGCACGAGUCUCUCUUCCACGACGAGUUCAUUGCGUCGUCGUACGUGAAGUGGAUCGAAAGCGCGGGUGGUCGUGCCGUCCGCAUUCCGUACAACACGUCGACGGACAAGCUAGCGCGUCUGCUGUCGAGCGUGAAUGGUGUCCUCUUUCCUGGAGGGUACGGAGACCCCCCCGAGAGCGCUUGGUUCAUGUACAACUACGCGAUCGAGGUGAACUCGAACGGGACGUACUUUCCCCUGUGGGGCACGUGCCUCGGCCUGGAAUGGCUCGUGAAGCUGUCGAGUCAGGACCAUUCCAUCUUGGACCACGUCGACGCCCGAAACGUGACGUCAAAUUUAACGUUCUUGGACAACGCGCUCGAGACGAGUCGCAUGUUCGGGUUCAGUCCGUCGUUCCGCGCGCUCGAGACCGCGGCACUUUCGUUCAACUACCAUCAAUGGGCCAUCACACUCGACCACUUCAUGGCAACGCCGGUGCUGCGGGCGUUCUUUCGUCCGCUCGCGACAUCCGUCGACCGGCAAGGUGUUGUGUACGUGGCUGCAAUCGAAGCGAGGACGAUGCCAAUCUACGGCAUCCAGUUUCACCCGGAGAAGAACCCGUACGAGUUUGGCCACAACAAACUCGGCGCGCACUACGCGAUCGACCACUCGUACGACGCGAUCCUGGCGUCCCAAGCGUUUGCGCACUUCUUCAUUCGAGAAGCCCAGCAAAACAACCACACGUUUGAAAGCCCGAGUGAAGAGCAAGCGGCGCUCUUGUACAACCAGCACACCACGAAUCGAUCGUAUCCAUCGUACGAAGAAAUCCUCGUGUUCGCGAGCGACGAUGGCCACUAACGUGGAUGCGUUGUGUCAUGCCAGUGGCCACCAUGAGCCCCCCUUUGUUGUUGUUGACUGUGAUGAAUUUACCCUCGAACGACGAGUGCCUCCAACGUCGCCAUCGACUUGGUACGAUACGAUUGCAGGGCCAUGUAGAGCAGCUGCUUCUUCAACGGGUCUGGCUGGAGGCGCAGCAUGCACGGGACGAUGACCAGCAUGUUGAGCGGUCCCAACUCGUGUGCCAUGCUCUGCGUGUAUUCGUCGGGGUCCAUGAAUCCAUUCCCAAACAAUCGCGAGUUGAUCUUGAACUCGUCCAGCUUGACUUUGUCCGCGUUGGUGCACCACUUCACGGCACGCAGGAUGCGCUUCUGCAGACCGCGGGCAUCGUCGUUGUAGACGCACUCGAGCGACUCCACUGGCGGCAGCUCGGGCACGACAGUCCAUGGGCGCGUCACUCGGUCCAGGCCAUACCACUCGACAUCGUCAGGGGACGCCAUGUGAGUUUGCACGGAUGGCACUCGCUCGAUGGGAGUGUCGCAGGAUGGCGAUGCUGGAGAGCUGUCCACUUCAACUGUCGCUGCAGUGGGCCGUGUGGCCACGACGGGCAGAGCUGGCGGCUCGGUUGCUACAUCCUCGUUGCAUGCGGCCACAACGUGGUAGUUGUCGGUGGGAACGACGCACGCUACGGCGGCAGGAGCUUCGACAUCACUGCUUGCAGCGACGAUGACAACUUCAUCACCUGGUGUCGCUUCGUGAACCUCGGCGACAGACACGUGGCGGUCUUCCAUGCAUAGCUCCUGCAUCGUCCGACCAGACUCGAGAUUCUCCAUGUCGCCAUCGUCAGUUUCCUUGGGCUUGUCACAAGGCGUCUGUGUGUCUUGGCUUGAUAGCGCACUUGCUUCGUCGGUGCUGGGUGCGCAUUUGAUGAUGGCAGAGCGAGGCGCUCGCCGCCCAGGGGGCAGCGGCCUGUUGAGCAUCGUCAAUUGCACCUCGCCCGUUU